AUGUAUAACCCUGAUGAAGCUCUUCCUUUGAAAAAAUUUAACAUAAAUCCUAUUAUUACAGUUGAAGCCUCAACACCUUUACUCGACAUUUUAAAUUCAUUCCAAGAAGGUAAAUGUCACAUGGCAGUAGUUGUUAAAGGAUCAAAUAUUCUCGGCAUCAUUACGUUGGAAGAUGUUCUUGAAGAGCUUAUUCAAGAAGAAAUUUAUGAUGAGUCAGACACGAUGUCUAAAAAAACAAGUGGAUUGAACGCUUCAAUAAACGCUAUUCGGAAUAACAAAUUCAAGAAAAUGAUGAAAAGAACAAACAAUUUUUCCGAUAGUAAUGAUCUAAUUGC